GUUCAGCUUACUUCUCUAACCAAUGAUACCUAGGUGGGUACUCUUGCCCCGUGCUUAGGUAGUUCAUUCCAACUAGGUACCCUUCAUUCCAAUCCAACCAAUCCAACCAUACCACACAGACUAACCUUUAUAGGCUUAGCUCACAUGCCGUGUCGUCGCAAGUACUCAUGUACACGUAUUUCCAACAUUCCAUUCAAGUAGGUACCUAAACCCAGGUCCCAGACCAUCAAGACGGAAUCACACAACAACAUCAUUGGUCAGUCCUUCUAAAACAUCACCUCAAAGCCCUUCCGCGGGGCUGAAAGUUUGCCUGUUUGCCCUUCCCACCACCUACAUGUAGUUAGGUACCUCUUAAGGUAGUUAAACCUAAUUAAACCUUUUUCGAUCCUUUCUUUUUCGAAGAAGAAGAAUUAGCCGCCCACCCAAGCAAGAAUGUACCAUCUCGCCAAGUCGCUGUACCUGCUCGCGCGGCGGCGGGAGGAGUACUCGGUGAUCCUGCUGGGGCUGGACAACGCGGGCAAGACGACGUUCCACGAGCAGGCGAAGUCGCUCUUCCUUCCCGAGCACCCGGACCCGAAGCUCAAGACGGUGCCGACGGUGGGGCAGAACGUGUCGACCCUCACCCUUCCCGACAUGUACCUCAAGAUCUGGGACGUCGGCGGCCAGAUGAGCCUGCGCAGGCUGUGGCAGAGCUACUACGCGAGCUGCCACGCCAUCGUGUUCAUCAUCGACAGCACCGACAUCGGCGACGGCUCCCUCGAGCACGACAGCUCCGGCCGCCUCGACGAGUGCCGCCUCGUGCUCGAGGACGUCCUGCAGAACUCCGAGACCGAGGGCGUGCCCCUCCUGAUCCUGGCCAACAAGCAGGAUCGCGAGGACUGCGUCGAGGUCGUGCGCAUAAAGGAGGGUUUGGUCAAGAAGGUGUUCGAGGGCGAGAAGGCGUCGAGCAUUCGCGAUUCCAGGGUGCUGCCGGUGAGCGCUCUGACGGGCACGGGCGUGAGGGAAGCCAUCGAUUGGGUUAGGUCAAGGGUUAAAUGGAAUAAAGAGUCGAGACCGCCAGUGAUGAGGUGAUAUAAGAGAAGGGAAAGACUCCACGAAAGGGUUAUAUACAGGUAUAUACUAUUCGGCCAAAGUGGCCUCUACGUUGGGUUGCAUUUAGCGUCGUUGGAGUA